UAAAACCGUACUCUCGUGAGAUCCCAAACCCACCAGCAACCAAUUUUUUGCCUGCCACCCCAGAAAUAAGAGGUGGAUUCUGCGAUUUGGGGUAGGCGCUGGCCAGAGGGGUGGUGUUGCCAUAAAUGAGAACUCAAAGAUUGAGGGAAUUUUAACAAACACUUGGCAGAGAGUGAAGUUUUGAGCAGAUAAGCUCUUAUACAUAGACGUAUAGGUUCAAAUUCGGAGGUGAAAUCGUGUGUAAAGGAUGAUGGGGAUAGAGGAAGAGGAGGAGGAGGUGUUGGGUUCGAGCUUGACUAUGGAGAAAGUUGCAGCAGCGAAGAAGAUCAUAGAGAAUCACUACAGAGCUCAGACGAAGAACAUUCAAGAGCGCAAAGAGAGACGAUGGGUAUUGGAGAGAAAAUUAGCUUCUUCAGAUGUGCCAAAGGAGGAGCAGAUCAACCUGAUCAAAGACUUAGAACACAAUGAGACCCAGUUUAUGCGACUGAAGAGGAACAAAAUAUGUGUCGAUGAUUUUGAGCUGUUGACCAUUAUUGGGAGGGGAGCCUUUGGAGAGGUUCGAUUAUGUCGAGAGAAGAAAUCUGGCACUAUUUAUGCCAUGAAGAAGUUGAAGAAAUCUGAAAUGGUUAUGAGAGGACAGGUAGAACAUGUUAGAGCUGAAAGAAACUUGCUAGCAGAAGUAGCAAGUCACUACAUUGUGAAACUCUACUACUCAUUUCAAGAUGCUGAGUAUUUGUAUUUGAUUAUGGAAUAUUUACCUGGUGGGGAUAUGAUGACUCUUCUGAUGAGGGAGGAUACCUUAACUGAAAAUGUUGCUAAAUUUUACAUUGCCCAGAGCGUCCUUGCCAUUGAGUCUAUUCACAAACAUAACUACAUUCACAGGGACAUUAAACCUGACAACCUUUUGCUGGACAAACAUGGUCAUAUGAAGUUAUCAGAUUUUGGACUUUGUAAGCCUCUUGAUUGUACUACUUUAUCUACUAUCCAUGAAAAUAAAACCAUUGGCGAUGAAAAUAAGAUGGAACCAAUGGAUAUUGAUGGAUGCUUCCCUGAUGCGGAUAACAACAAAAGAUGGAGAAGCCCUGCUGAGCAACUGCAGCAUUGGCAGAUGAAUAGGAGGACAUUGGCAUUCUCAACUGUUGGAACACCUGACUAUAUUGCUCCUGAAGUGUUGCUGAAGAAAGGAUAUGGCAUGGAAUGUGACUGGUGGUCACUAGGAGCGAUUAUGUAUGAAAUGCUAGUUGGAUACCCACCAUUUUACUCUGAUGAACCUAUAACCACCUGCAGAAAGAUUGUUCAUUGGAGAAAUCAAUUAAAAUUUCCAGAGGAUGCAAGGUUGUCACCAGAGGCUAAAGACCUGAUUUGUCGGUUGCUGUGUGAUGUUGAGCAUAGACUUGGUACCGGAGGGGCACAUCAAAUUAAAGCUCAUCCUUGGUUCAGAGGCGUUGAAUGGCAUAAACUCUAUGAGAUGGAGGCGGCAUUUAAACCAGAAGUGAACGGGGAGCUGGACACCCAGAACUUUAUGAAAUUUGAUGAAUUGGAUUCUCCAACACCAGCAAGAGCGGGCUCAGGAACUUCGAGGAAGAUGCUAUUAACUUCUAAAGAUUUAAGUUUUGUUGGCUAUACAUACAAGAACUUCGAUGCCCUCAAAGGAUUGCGCCGGUCUUUGGGUGAUUCAGGUUCAGGUCAUCCUCCCAGACAAACAGCAGAGGAAACAGAGGUGCAGAUGCUUGCAUCAUCUGGGGAUCCCAUGCUACCCUAACACAACAAAAUGGCUGAACUGCAGGUGAAACUCUGCAAAUGCCCGCUUAAUAUGGAAUUGGGUGUUCCUCAGAAAAUCUACUUGUAGUUUAUGGAGCACCAUAUAACUGUGGACUUGUGUACAGUAGUAAUUGAGUUAAAGCCCGGUUGCGCGUGACUGUUGGGAUAAGUUAGACUUGCAGAUGCUAAGCCAGAGACUCUUUGAAAAAAAUAUGGCCUGGCUGCCCAGGUUGGCUUUGGUAUUUAAUCAUGCCUUCUCUAGUGGCAGUUUCUGGUCAAGUUUGGAUUCAUCAAACUACCAAGAAACCCCAAGUAGCCAGCCAUCUAUUGCUGCCCAUCAUGCAUUUGUCAAUACUGAAAUUUAGCUGUGAUUUUGAAGAACAAUAUUUUAUUGAAAGGUAUUGUUUCCCAAGUUUGAUUCUUAAUGCAUUACCUUGUGGGUCACCGAACCCAGGCCAAUGUAAGUUAAGAGAGUACAUUGCCCUAGAAAGGAAUCGUUUGUUUGCUUGCA